UUCAUGUAAAUAUUUAUAAAAUUUAUUUUAUUUUAAAUAAAAAUGGUUUUUGUAUAUAUAACAAAAUAGCCUGUCAUCUGUCAUUUCUUCUUCUUUUUUCGGCUGUCAUCUGUCAUUUCUUCUUCUUUUUGGGCAGUUACCUGUCAUUUUUUUCUUCUUUUUUGGCUGUCAUGUGUCAUUUGUUAGCAAAUAAUUUAGUAGAAUUUUUGGUAGAUUUCAUCCUCAAUCUAGUAGAAUUUAGCAGAUUUUAUAUAUAAAUCUAGUAGAAAACGAGGUUCGGUCGUUGGCAACCCUGAUUCUGUACGUUCUGUACUGUAAGUUAUAAAAGUUGAAAAGCAAAAUAAAACGUGUUAUAAAUAGAAGCAGAAUCCAUUGAAAUAAAUUUCCAUUUAUUUGAAGGAACGUGGUAACAAACAACACAUAAGAAUAUAAAUUUAAUAUCAAGAAGAUGGAGGGCCAGCCCCGUUAUUUGGGUGCUCAACAAGAACAUGUACAAUAUGAAUUAACAACAGCAAUUACCAGUAUCCAGGAUUUGGUGGACAUAGGAUUUAUUCGCAACGAGUUGCCAAUGGGGGACUUAACAGUUGGAAGUUCAUCUGGUCAACUACACAGUCAAAAAUCUCUAAACAAGAAAGAAAAAUUGUUUAAAUGUGAAGUUUGUUCUAAACUAUUUUCUACCAUGUCUAGUUUAAAAAGGCACAUGCAGGGACAUACUGGUGACAGACCAAACUAUAAGUGUGAAAUUUGUUCCGACAUACUUUCUAACGGUUACACUUUAAAACGUCACUUACAAAAGCAUACUGGUGAGAAACCUUAUGAAUGUGAGAUAUGCUCAAAGCGAUAUUUGGACAAGCAUGAUUUAAAACGCCAUAUAAACGCCAUGCACACUGAAAGAACACCUGCCAAAUGUGAUAUUUGUUCAAAGCAAUUUAGAUCUCAGAAUUAUUUAAAGUUUCAUUUACGAGUACAUGAUAUAAACUAUUUGCCAAACAAAUCCGUACCAUAUAAACCAGUUAAAUGUGAAAUCUGUUCAAAAGAGUUGUAUAAUAAGGGUCAUUUAAAGUUUCAUAUGCGCAUCCAUAAUGGUGACUUAAAAUGUAAAAUUUGUUCAAAAGAGUUUACCCGCAGGUAUGCUUUAACCAUGCAUAUGUUAACACAUUCUGAAAAGAAAUUGUUCAAAUGUUAUGUAUGUCGGAAGGAGUUUACUCUACCUUCUGGUUUAAGAUAUCAUAUGCGAAGUCAUACUGGCGAGACUUAUAACUGCAAAUUGUGCUCUAAACAGUUUCGUACGAAGCAUUUGUUAGUCAUCCACAGGCAAUCGCACACUGGAAAGAAACCAAAAUGUGAAAUAUGUCAAAAAGAAUUUGCCACCAAUGCUAUUUUAAGAUAUCAUUCAAGAAUGCACACUGGACUAAAACCUCACAAAUGUAAAAUUUGUGAAAAAGAAUUUACUCAUAGAACUACUUGGAAAAAUCAUGUACAAUUUCAUACUGGACUAAAACCUCACAAAUGUUUAAUUUGUAAAAAAGCAUAUGCCCUGAAAAAUAGUUUACAUUCACACAUGCGAACACAUUCUGCUGAUAGAAAUUUCAGAUGUGACUUUUGUAAAAAAUCAUUUAAUCGAAAGCUCGCUUUCUCACAACAUUUACAAUUACAUAUGGGAAGAAAACCCUACGAGUGUGAAUUUUGUGAUAAAUCAUUUUUUUUGGAGAGUAGUUUAAAACGCCAUGUACAACUGCAUGAACGUACUGUUUUCAAAUGUGAAAUUUGUGGAAGAGAAUUUACUCUGGAGUCGUCUUUUAAACGUCAUGUACAAUUUCAUGCUACCGGUAAACCUUUCAAAUGUGGAAAGUGUAAAAAAGAAUUUGUUCGCGAAGCUCAUUUAAAACGCCACAUACAAUUUAAUCGUUGUUUUUUAAAAUGUCAGCAUUGUAAAACAGAAUUUACUAAAAGGUCUUCUUACAGACGGCAUUUAAAAUACCAUGCUCAGUUGAAUAGUUUAAAACAACAGCUGAAGCUGUAUGCUGUUGAUAAACCUUUCAAAUGUAAAUUCUGUAGAAAAGAAUUUACACAAAAAAAUUCUUUGACACGUCAUUUACAAUUACAUAAAGGACAAAAAUGUUACAAAUGUGAAAUUUGUAGAAAAAAAUUUAUCCAGAAGAAUGCUUUCAGAGAUCAUAUAAAAUUGCAUACUGGACUAAAACCGUAUAAGUGUGAAGUUUGUCCAAAAAAAUUUACUCAGAAGAGUACUUUAAAACUUCAUAUGCGAUUGCAUAAUGGUGAGACAUCUUACAAAUGUGAAAUUUGUUCGCGCAUGUUUAGUUGGAAGACUAGUUUAAAGGACCAUAUGGAUUUACAUGCUAAAGAGGAAUUACUCGAAUGUAAUAAGUGUGGCACUAUUUACUAAUAGGUCAGGCAACUAAGUAUUUUUCAGGGCUCCUGUGUCGUACUCCACUUGCUAUUUCUAUCUAGGUUUUUCAUAUCUUUUAUUAGAUAGGGUCUUGUUAAAAUGUCAAAGGCUAACUUGAAAUCUAUGAAAAGGAUGUGUCGAUAUCAUAUUCGUAGCAUUUCUCAAUUGACUGUGAUUAUGUGUACUGCGUCUAUUGCUGACCUUUCCUUUCUAAAUCCUUGCUGGUAGUCUCCUAUUUUAGUUUCAAUAUAUUUUGAGACAUCAUUCAAGUGUGCACAGUGUACAAAAGCCGUACGAAUGUAAAAUAUGUGCAAUAGCUAUUUGUAUAACAAGGAAGGAAAGUGUAACUUUUCCUCCCGAGAAUGAAGUUUACUGCCCGACGCGUAGCGGAGGGCAGUAAUCAUUCAAGGGAGGAAAAGGCACUUUACUCCCAUGUUAUACAUAUGGGUUUUCCACCUUCCUCAAAUAACAAUUAAUUUUUUCAUUUUUACUUAAUUUAUUUAUGUAACUAACCAACAAAAUUUAUUAGAACUAAAACAACAAGUAGGUACAAUAUAACUGUCAACUGUCAAAUAUAAGUCAAAUUAUUAAUGUAAACAUUGUUAAAUCAAAAUAACAAUUUACUGUUUUUUACCAUUCUGCAAAAUACAGGAUGUUUUAUAAAUAAACGUUAAAAUGUAUAGAUACUUCGUAAUAGAAAAUAGAUAUUAUACAGGGCGUCAAUAAGUUAUAUUUCAUGAAUGAAAUACCAUGACGUCACUUUUACUUUUCCUCCCUAGGGAGGAAAAAUAUUCUCCUCCCUAGGGAGGAGAAGUACAACUUUGCUCCCUACAAUCAGGUCCGGAAAAGUAUACUUUCGGUAGAGGUAGGUGGAAAAAGAAUUUACUCAUACACUCACCGGCACAAAAUUCAACCACCCAAAAUUUUUGAUUAAGUUUGAAAAUUUGUAACUUUAUUAUUUGUACUCCGAUUUUCAAGAUUCUUCCAUGAGUUUGUAGGUACAUGUGUUGAUCUUGUUUGCUAUUAUUCUGGUAACAGACAUUUUUUGCUUAGAUGGCAUUAUACGGGGGUGAAUGGAAGCGUUGACCAACCGAACGGUUCAAUUGGCCGCUUAUGCUGAUGAUAUUAAUAUUAUGAGUAGAACAUCAACAGGAGCACAGGAAACAUAUGCAGGGUUAAAAACACAAACAAAAAUGCUAGGUCUGAAAAUUAACACAGAAAAAACAAAAAUAAUGACUCAGACGAGAAGAAAUAUAGUCCCAGAAAACAUUAUACAUGAAGAUGACAUUGAAACGGUUGAAAAGUUUACAUACCUGGGAGUAGAAAUAUAUGCCGACGGAUCAGAAGAUGGAGAAAUAAGGAAGAGAAUAACGCAGGCAAACAGAGCUUAUUUUGCCCUCUCCCAUAUAUUUCGGUCAAAAAGUGUCCACCGAAAUACAAAGAUGAGAAUCUAUAAAACCUUAAUUCGACCAAUAACAUGCUAUGGCAGUGAAGUCUGGGUGCUGAAAGAAACAUCCAAAAACAAACUCGACACAUUCGAAAGGAAAGUACUGAGGAGAAUACUAGGACCUGUGAGGGAAAACGGAAUCUUCAGAAGUCGAUACAACAACGAGCUUUAUCAACUUUAUAAGGAAACGCCCCUGUCAGACUUCAUUAGAUUACAAAGAUUGCAAUGGGCCGGACAUGUGAUAAGAAUGGGAGAGGAUAGGCUACCAAAACGAGCACUGAAUGCUAGAAUGCAAGGAAAGAGACCGGUUGGGAAGCCACGAAAGCGCUGGGAAGACACAGUAAACAGCGACGCACAAGCCCUUUUAGGAGUCCGUGUAUGGAGAAGAGCAGCCACAGACAGGCAAGGGUGGAGGCAAAAAAUACAGGAGGCCAAGGCUCAAUUUGGGCUGUAGUGCCGUAGAAGAAGAAGAAGAAGAAGAAUGGAAGCGUUGUUUUUUCUCCUAACUUUAAAAAAUUUUGUGGAAAAAUUGGAGGGCUGAUUCUGUUUCAUACUCCUUUUGUAUUAUCCUGGAGGUAUCACUAAGGUUUUUGUUUUUUGAAUUAUCCGAAUAUCUCUUUUCUUGUAAGAUUUAAUUAAAAACUCUGCUUUGAAGGUUUAUUUAAUUAAAAAUAUCAAACGCACUAAAAUUAACAAAAUAAAACAAAAUUAACAACAAAAAAAAAAACAAAUCAAUAGCGGGUAUAUCCACCUCUUGCAGCAACGACUGCUCGCAAUCUGUUUAGCAUCGAAUAAAUAUGUGUUUUCCUUGCCUGGGGAAUAGCCCGAUAUUUCUCUACCAGGGCCAUAAUUGUACCAAAUUUUCUGAAGGCCUAGGAUGACGGCAAAUAGCUUUUUUUUAUUCAUCCCAUAAAUGCUCAAUAGGAUUGAGAUCUGGGCUGCAUGCGGGCCAUUCUAAUCUUAUCAAUCCAACCUCUAUUUUAUGAGUCAAUCAGUGUUUUUAUUUACAAAAAAAUGGUACAGCUCUUACAAGAAAAAAGAUAUUCGGAUAAUUCAAAAAACAAAAUGUUGUUGAUGCCUCCGGGAUAAUCUGACAGGACUAUGAAACAAAAUCGGCUAUUCCAUUUUUCCACAGAAUUUUUUAAAAUUAGGAGAAAAUACAACGCUUCUUUUCACCCCUGUAUAAUGCCAUGCAAGAAAAAAAUUUUAUUACCGGAAUAAUACGAAACAAUAUCAAUACAUGUACCUACAAAAUGGUGCAAGAAUCUUGAAAAUCGGAGCACAAAUAAUAAAGUUAUAAAUUGUCAAACUUAAUCAAAAAUUUUGGGUGGCGGAAUUUUGUGCCGGUGAGUGUAGAACUACUUGGAAAAAUUAUGUACAGUUUCAUAGUGGACAAAAACCUCACACAUGUUUAAUUUGUAAUGAAGCAUAUGCCCUAAAAACUAGUUUACAUUCACACAUGCGAACACAUUUUGCUGAUAGAAAUUUCAGAUGACUUUUGUAAAAAAUAAAUUUUGUAAAAUUUUGUAAAAAGCUCGCUUUCGCACAUUUACAAUUACAUAUGGGACAAAAACCUUACGAGUGUGAAUUUUGUGAUAAAUCAUUUUUUUUUGGAGAGUAGUUUAAAACGCUAUGUACAACUGCAUGAACAUACUGUUUUCAAAUGUGAAAUUUGUGGAAGAGAAUUUACUCUGGAGUCGUUUUUUAAACGUCAUGUACAAUUUCAUGCUACUGGUAAACCUUUCAAAUGUGGCAAGUGUAAAAAAGAAUUUUUUCGCGAAAUUCAUUUAAAACGCCACAUACAAUUUAAUCGUUGUUUUUUAAAAUGUGAGCAUUGUAAAACAGAAUUUACUAAAAGGUCUUCUUACAGACGGCAUUUAAAAUACCAUGCUCAGUUAAAUAGUUUAAAACAACAGCUGAAGCUGUAUGCUGCUGAUAACCUUUCAAAUGUAAAUUCUGUAGAAAAGAAUUUACACAAAAAAAUUCUUUGACAUGUCAUUUACAAUUACAUAAAGGACAAAAAUGUGAAAUUUGUAGAAAAAAAUUUAUCCAGAAGAAUGCAUUCUGAGAUCAUAUAAAAUUGCAUACUUGACUAAAACUGUAUAAAUGUGAAGUUUGUCCAAAAACAUUUACUCAGAACAGUACUUUAAAAUUUCAUAUGAGAUUGCAUAAUGGUGAGACAUCUUACAAAGUGAAAUUUGUUCGCGCAUGUUUAGUUGGAAGACUAGUUUGAAGGACCAUAUGAAUUUACAUGCUAAAGAGGAAUUACUCGAAUGUAAUAAGUGUGGCAAUAUUUACUAAUCAUCAUCAUGGCAUCUACACUCCUAGUGGAGUGAUUGUAGCCCUCUUUGGGCUUUCUGAUUCAUUUGUCGCGGUGAAUCAAUCCGCAUUAACAUUUUGGUUUUACAAUUAGUCCAGAAAGCCACUGCGCAUCCGAUAGGAAAAAUAUUCCGAUUCGGAUUUUUUGCACAAUCUUACCCAAAAAUGACCCCUUUUAACAAAUUUGAAUGUUGCCAGGACCAAAAGUGGGUCAACAAUUUUUUAAACUUUUUUUUUUGUUUUUUUUCCUAAAAUUAUGUUUUUUUGCAUGGAACAAAGUUUUUUUAGGUUUCUUGGAUCAUUCCAAACAGAAAAGGUAUUUAGUGACAUUUCUCUAAAGUUGAUAGUUUUUGACAUAUACGCUGUGAGCUCGUACGUAGAGGGGAUAUUUAUAAAUUCGUGAGCGCCAGUAGUGACAAGUCUGUAAACGUUUACCGGAAAUUUGACAUAAAUGUCAAAGUGAUUAAUUUUAAAUUAAAAACAUUAAUUAUAAAAAAUAUUAGUUGAUCAAAGCUGUGGUUUAUAUUUUUACCUUAAAUAUACUUACGUUUUAAAUACUGAAUUUGCGUUUUUUAAUGUUCUGUAAUAUGUAAUUAUAAAUUAAUCUUGGCGCCAUCUACAUGAUAAUUGUGAAAGUAUCCGAAGUAAGAAAUUAAUAUUUCAUCAAUAGAACGUCAAAAUGAUUAGCAAAAUCUUAAAAAAAUCUAUUACAAUUUAAUUACUUUUUAGCGUUGUAAAUAUUAAGCGAUAACAAUUAAAUAAUAAAUUUAAAAAUUACCGGUGAAAGUUGAAUCAGUAACCGCUAGGAGCGACACCAGCGAAGCUCAGAGCGUAUAAGCGAUUAAAAAUUGAAAAAUUGCGAAAUCGGCCAUUUUUAACCUUCAAAAACUAUGUGAAAAACUGAAAAUUUGAAUGUUGCUAAGGUAGGUAGAUAUUCUUUAAACAUCGAUUGAUGAAAUCCCGAAUAGUUUUUUGCAAUACAAUAUUCAAAACUCCUUUGUUUUUUAAUUGCUAAUCAAGAGUGCGCGACACUAUUUUCACCGACAGUAUGGUGCAAAUGAAAGGAAUAAAUUCGUUAAUUCGCAAACCGGCGACUUUAAGGAAAAAUCCCGAAACAGGUCGAUUUUUAUUUUUAACUUAUGAUAUUGUGGCAUAUAUGGUAUACUAGUGACGUCAUCCAUCUGGGCGUGAUGACGUAAUCGAUGAUUUUUUUAAAAGAGAAUAGGGGUAAUGUACUAGCUCAUUUGAAGUACUAGUUUCAAUUCUCUAUUCAGUCAUAUAAACAUGUACAUAAUUAUUUAUACAGGGUGUCCUUCUACUUCUUUUUUGUCAAAUAAUUUAAUUUAAUAAAAAUUUUUUGGACACCCUGUAUAAAUAAUUAUGUAAAUGUUUAUAUUACUGUAUAGAGAAUUCAAGAACCUUUCAAAUGAGCUAGCACACGACCCCUAUUCUUAUUUAAAAAAAUCAUUGAUUACAUCAUCACGCCCAGAUGGAUGACGUCACUAGUAUACCAUAUAUGCCACAAUAUGAUAACAUAAAAAUAAAAAUCGACCUGUUUCGGGAUUUUUCCUUAAAGUCGCCGGUUUACGAAAUAACGAAUUUAUUUCUUUUAUUUGCACCAUACUGUAUACACAUGCAACGGUGGAAAAUAGUGUUUGCGCACGCUUGAUUAGCAAUUAAAAAGCAAAAGGAAUUUUGAAUAUUGUAUUGCAAAAAACUACUCGGGAUUUCAUCAAUCGAUGUUUAAAGAAUAUCUAAAUACAUAUCUUGGCAAUAUUCAAAUUUUCAGUUUUUCACACAGUUUUUGAAGGGUAAAAAUGGCCGAUUUCGCAAUUUUUCAAUUUUUAAUCGCUUAUAUGUCAAAAACUAUCAACUUUAGCGAAAAGUCACUAAAGACCUUUUCUGUUUGGAAUGAUCCAAGAAACCUAAAAAACUUUGCAUGCAAAAAAAAUUAUUUUAGGAAUAAAUAAAAAAAAAACGUUUAAAAAAUUUCUGACCAACUUUUGGUCCUGGCAACAUGCAAAUUUGUUAAUAGGGGUCCUUUUUGAGUAAGAUUGUGCAAAAAAUCCGAAUCGGAAUAUUUUUCCUAGCGGAUGCGCAGUGGCUUUCUGGACUAAAUUUGUUGUGUGGCUUGGCAUCUUUUACAGUUUUUCUCCAUUUUCUCCCGUUUCUCCUGUUUUUGCUUAUGGUUACCCAUUCUCUGACUCCCAUCUUCUUAAGGUCCUCGACUAUCUGGUUCUCCCAUCUAGUUUUGGGUCUUCCUCGUGGUCUGCCUUCUACAGGUCUCCAUUUGGAAAUUUUCUUGAUAACGGCUUCUGGAUUUCUCCUUUCUAUAUGUCCCAUCCAUCUGAGUCUCUGUGCCUUGAUAAAUCUGACGAUUUAUUGUUCUUUCUAUGGCGACAUUAAAUAGUGACGUUGAUAGAGAGUCGCCUUGUCGACUCCACUUGCUAUUUCUAUCUCGGUUUUUCAUGUCUGUUAUUAGAUAGGGUCUUGUUAAGAUGUCAAAGUCUUGGUUGAAAUCUAUAAAAAGAAUGUGUCGAUAUCGUAUUCGUAGCAUUUCUCAAUUGACUGUGAUUAUGUAUACUGCGCCUAUUACUGACCUUCCCUCUCUAAAUCCGUGCUGGUAGUCUCCUAUUUUAGUUUCAAUGUAUUUUGCUGUUGGAACACAUUCUGCUGAUAGAAAUUUCAGAUGUGACUUGUGUAAAAAAUCAUUUAAUCGAGAGCUCGUUUUCGCGCAACAUUUACAAUUACAUAUUAUGGGAAGUAGUUUAAAACGUCAUGUACAACUGCAUGAACGUGCUGUUUUCAAAUGUGAAAUUUGUGGAAAAGAAUUUACUCUGGAUUCGUUUUUUAAACGUCAUGUACAAUUUCAUGCUACUGGUAAACCUUUCAAAUGUGGCAAGUGUAAAAAAGAAUUUAUUCGCGAAAUUCAUUUAAAAGGCCACAUACAAUUUAAUCGUUGUUUUUUAAAAUGUGAGCAUUGUAAAACAGAAUUUACUAAAAGGUCUUCUUACAGACGGCAUUUAAAAUAUCAUGCUCAGUUGAAUAGUACAGCUGAAGCUGUAUGCUGCUGAUAAACCUUUCAAAUGUAAAUUCUGUAGAAAAGAAUUUACACAAAAACAUUCGUUGACACGUCAUUUACAAUUACAUAAAGGACAAAAAUGUUACAAAUGUGAAAUUUGUAGAAAAAAAUUUAUCGAGAAGAAUGCUUUCAGAGAUCAUAUAAAAUUACAUACUGGACUAAAACCCUACACAUGUGAAGUUUGUCCAAAAAAAUUUACUCUGAAAAGUACUUUAAAACUUCAUAUGCGAUUGCAUAAUGGUGAGACAUCUUACAAAUGUGAAAUUUGUUCGCGCAUGUUUAGUUGGAAGACUAGUUUGAAGGACCAUAUGGAUUUACAUGCUAAAGAGGAAUUACUCGAAUGUAAUAAGUGUGGCACUAUUUACUAAUAGGUCAGGCAAAUAAGUAUUUCUCAGGUCUCCUCAUCAUCCAUCCAUUUGCGUCCACUGCUGGGCAUAGGCCUCCCUCAUUUUUGUCCAUUGUGCUCUAUUUUGCGCACUGCAUCCAAAUCUUGACAUAUUCUACUUCUUUUAUCUAAUCUCGGCAUCCACUCCACUAAUCUCUUCGUCCACCUUUAUCACUGAUUCGGGCGACGUGUCCGGCCCAGUUCCAUUUCGGUGUGACAAUUCAGGUAAUUACAUCGGUAACCCCUGUUCUUCGUCCUAAGUCUUCAUUUCUAACUCUGUCACGAAGUGAUAUACUCAGCAUUGAUCAUUCCAUUUUCCUCUGAGCUAUUUGCAGCGUUUUAAAAGUUGUAGCUGUCAAUGUCAUUUCGGCACCAUCGGUCAUCACAGGUAACACACAUGCUAGGUUUGUUCUUUGUAGUUCGCAUGUUUGCUUGUCUUUUGUGAUCUAUAGUUUGCGUCCAAGGUAUAUGUAUUUUUCCACCAGCUCUACGUCUUUGUCUCCAAUAUUGAUAUUUCCGCUAGGUAUUAGGUUUGUCAUAAAUUUAGUUUUGGAGAUGUUUAUUUUAAGACCCACACUAGAACACACUAACUGAAGUUCAUGUAGGAUUUAACAUAUCUCCUUUAGGUUGUCCGAGAACAAAGCUAUGUCGUCUGCGAAUUUCAAAUUUGUCACUCUUCUACCGUCAAUGUUCAGGUUUCUCCCUUCCCAGUUAAGUUUCUUACAAGCAUAUUCUAGUACUGCGAUGAUGAGAUAUCGGACUCAUCUACCGAUUGAAAUAUGAUCGGUGUCAGGGCUUCUCAAUGGCAGGUACUUGCCAAGUUUUUCCGCUGAUAUAUGCCUAUAUCACGAAAACCUAGAUUGUUAUACCUCGAUAUGAGACCAUGAGCCAAAGAAGUAACAUUCUGGGAUACAGUACCUCAGUGGCGGCUCGUACCACUUUAAGAAGGUAGUGCCAGAACUCGGGCAGCCGCCAAAAUUUUUAGUGACAGAUUCACGAUAUUGUCAAAAAAGAUACUGACAACAAAAACUAAAAAAAAAAUAUGCGCGGAUACUUUUAUCUUAUGUAUCUUAAGUUUAUUGAUCUGAGGUGCCAAGCAAUUGUCCAACAUUGAUCAAAACAGUUCCGUAAAUUAAUUAAUAAUAAAAAAACCUCUUAACCUACUACCAGCAUUUACUGCUGAUAGUGAUAGUGCUUGAAAAUUGUUAUUACGAUUUAGUCUCUAUUUACCAAUUUAUAAAAAUAAUACUAUUUCAUUAUUCACACAUGCACACAUUUUUGUAAUGUCACUUUUAAAGUUUACGAUAUAUGAAGUUCAUUGUUCUAUUUUUUAGUUGCAAAGUUUUCAAUGACUUUAUAAUUAAAAUUAUCAGUAGUAAUAGGGAACUUGCAUAAAUUUUUAAAUUCGAAAAAAAUGUUAUAAAUCACAACACAACAUAAUUUAAAACAUGUAUCAAAGAUAAAAAAGUUUUGUUUGUCUUUCGUUUGGCCCGUAAAGACGAUUAAAAAUUCAAAUUAAAACAGGUGGUCCAAAACGCGUCGUGACGUCACUUGGUUUUACAUUUACAUUUUUCCAAUAAAGUAAACAGAAUUUUAAAUUAGACGUUAUAAACGUCAGUAGAAAAUACAUUUAUGUGACGUUACAAGUGUUUUUGAUCGUUUGAAUUAUUCAUAGAAAAAUUCGUACUUUUACAAAAUGGUUUUAUUUUCAAUAGUAAACCUUCGUUCCUUUCCUUCAAAAACAGUAUAAAACUACAAUUUUAACAAACUGGUAUAUAUUAUUACAAUGACAUACGAUAAAUGUCAUUAGAAUAUAAAUAUUUUUGACUUAUUCCACGACGAUGAGCUUGCCAAAUACCCAAGUAGGUGGAGGCCAAUAAACUAAAGAAGGAGAAGAAGAAUAUACCUAUUAUAAGGUUGGGUCUAGGUAUACGUUACCGUGUACGCAAACAAAAAAGUUAGAGUGUCAGUGAUUUCUUAUUUAUUAUUUGUUUAGUGUUUGUUUUUAAAUUAACUACGGAGUGUGGACAAUUAGUUAGUUCUUUUAAUGAGUUUAAGAACAUUUUAAAACAGUACGAACAAGAUAAGAGACUAUAAAUUAAUAUAUAUAUUUUUUAGUUAUAAAUGAAGUAGUAUGUAUUACCGUAAAAUAUUAAAAUAAAAAGAAGACCUAAAGCUUUCACAAUAAUAAUUAACUUGUUCUGAAGCUAUUAUCCUUCUUUCAUUUUUGUAAUCAACUAUUCUAAAUGGGAACUAAGCCACAAUUUAACCAAAAAAGGAUUUUAUUAACGUUUCGACGUCUAAAUCGGACGUCGUUGUCAAAAUACAAAAUAUUAUUAAAUUAAACAAAAAUGGUGUUGCUUAGUAAAAAAUUUUUCUAAUAAUUUAUUUAAUCUGACUAAUUUUUGUAUUUUGACAAUGACAUCCGAUUUGGACGUCGAAACGUUAAUAAAAUCAUUUUUUUAGUUAAAUUGUGGCUUAUUUCACAUUUAGAAUAGUUGAUUAUAAUAAUUAACUUACGUAUAAAAAUUAUUUUAACAAUAUUUUUUACGUGUUAUGUCAACUAAAUACAUAUAUUUAUUUUGCUAACCUAAAUAUAUACUUUAAUAUAUACAUUGAUUUAUUACAACUAAGUUUGAAACACCUGAAUAGUUCUGCUUCCCUUCCUUUAACAAAUAUUUUUCUAUCAAACACACGCUAAACAUAUCAAAAUAGCAUGUACCAAAAUAUACAGUCACUGCGCACGCUAAAUAAUAACGUCACUGGCUUGAUGAAGUUUAAUUCGCGUGUACAUACCUAACUUUUUUAUUUGCGUACACGUUAGUGUGUACCUAGACACAGCGAAAUAUAACCAUAAUAAUAACUAAUGUAAAACUAUGUGACGUCACGGGUCGUUUGAACUAUUUUAUACCGCUGAAGACUUUAAAUACGUAUUUCUAAGUUAUUAUGAGUUUUUGAAGCGUGAAAUUUUGGAAAUCUCAUUUUUAAACAAAACUGAACAUUAUGUAAUAAAAAAAAAUUGUGCAAGUUCCCUAUUGCACAAGAGCUCUGAAAUUAUUGAAUUUUUCCCGAGUGACACUUUGACAGUUUUAAUUUCACGAGCCGAAGGCGAGUGAAAUUAUGUCAAAGUGUCACGAGAGCAAAAAUUCUAUAUUAAUUUCAGAGGUCGAGUGCAAUUUGUUGCGAUUAUUUCAUGAAUAAAACUGUUCAAAACCAAAAUUUUAUUGUAAUCUAUUUAUGUAAGUACCAUUAAACACACAGUCUUUAUAAAUAUUUGACGAUUGAAAGUCAUCACUUUUAUAAUUUUUAAAACAUUAAUUGUCAUUAAUGUCACUGAAUGUAUUUUUUCGUAGCAACGAAGGGCAUCUGACGUAAUAUACUUAACGACGGGAGAUUAUCAAAAAUUAUCGAUUUAAUUCAGAUUUCUGUAGCUUUCUAUUGGUCAGAAUCUCCUAUGAAUGAAAUAAUCAAUACAAUUUACAAAAUGCUUUUCUGCAGAUAGCAUACCUAAAGCACUAUGUUUUAACAUCGAAAAACAGCGUUCUGCUUCAGAUGCUGAUAUAUGAAUAGUAACUAAAAUUCUUAAAAGUUUAAUAGUUUCUUCAAAUGUGCUUUUUAAACCUUCCCUCUACAAUAAAACCGAUAGCGAAACAGCCCCAGAGGUAGUACUUAAUUCGUCUCGCUAAUACAGUACUUACUUCUUAUUCAGUUUUAAACCGAGUUUUGCUUAAAAAUUAAAAUUGUCUCCAUGUUUCGUUAAGAAAUGAUUCGAAAAACUGAUGCUUAUAAGCAGAAAACUUGUCCUACAUAAAUAAAUUAGAAGCAACUAAAUGUCCGGAGAAGGUAGACCUUUGAAAGAUCUGGUACUUUGAAUAAUAUGAACCUUUAAGUCGUUGUCUAAUUCGGCGCUAAAAUUGACCAGCUCCUUAAAUAUGUCUCUAUUUUCUGAAUUUUCUUUUUCGUCGUGACCUCUUAAAGCUAACUCGAAAGCUCCACAACACCUUAUAACAUUUAUAGUUUUUUUUUCUAGCGAAAAACCACCAAAAAAAUUUUUUAAGAUACUAAUCUUCAUUGUCAAUUAAUAAAUUAAACUUAAGAAAUAAUCAAAAUAUAUUAUCAAAAUACCCACGAUCAUGAUGCACUAAAAGUUUAAUUAUAAAUACAAAAACUUUUUAACAGAAAAUAUACAUAAUAAAAGCGACAAACCAGCACGCAAAGGAACUCAAAAUAAAUAGACCUGGCAUCAUACCCUCGUGCCUGGCACAGAGAUUCUAAUUUUAAGGUAUUGGGACCGUGCAAGUUCGGCAAAGCGACCCCUAUUUCUUCGCUCUGUACUUUUAUUCGCACUUUUAAUUAUAUUGGCCAAUUAUAUUAGUCCUGGUUACUGGAUAAUUGUCAAGGCCAUAUUCCAAAAAAAUAGUAAGAAGAAAAAAUAAGAUUCAGGUUAUGUUAUGAAAACGUGAACAAUUGUAUGCAGUAAAUAAAAUUAGUUAUUAAAAUGCAGUACUGCACUCAAAAUACAAUUAAUUAAAUUUACCUUUAUAUAAUAAUUGCAUAUCAUAUCAAUAUUGUGGAGCAAUAUAUAAUUGUUCUGCUUCAAUGACAGAAGGUAUGAAAUAUACGUCAAUUUGACAAUUUCAAUUGACAAUAUGAAUUAUUUAAGAUAGUUGCAAUAUUUCUCCGCGACUCGCGCACGGUCGUUUCGGGUUUCCCUUCCAAGUACUUGCACACCGCGAAUGCUAAUAGUCCAAUAUGGCUCUUUCUCUGUCACUUACAUAGAAUGCUCGUAAAAUCUUUCUCUCUUUAGUCGUGCCAGUACUGACUUCGGCACGAUGGAUAUUCUCCUGUCGUAUACUCUCCGCUGUCGGCAGGGAUUGUAUUACGCCCAUAGUUGCCAUAUUUUAUAUAAUUUAUCAAAAGAAAUACACACAAAAAAAAAAGUUAACAGGAAUUAAAAAGUUUUGAAGAUAAAAAAUAUGUUUCUGCAUAGUUAGCAAGGUAGUGCCAUGGCUCUAUGGCACUACCUCACGGGCCGCCACUGCAGUACCUGUAAACAACUCAUAGUUUUAGUACUAUUACUACUACAAAAGGCUAUUUUGUCACAAAACGCUUUGAUACUAGUUAUUAAAACUUUUUUUAACGAGAUUUUUAUCCUUAAAUGUUUAUGUUUUAUAAUUGCUAAAUGUUCUGUCAUUUGGAACCGUCUGUGGACAGUCGGAGGAAUUUUACAAUAUUUGUAAAAUAUAUACAUUUCCAUCCGUUCUAAAAUAUGGAAAAUAUUUCAUAUAUUGAGUUAUUAUAGCACUCACUGAUCGUUUUUGUUUAGGCAGUUUGAAUAAGUCUUGAGUUGAUGAAAGAAAUGAAAGUUGAUUCAUUCUCACUUAUAUUAUUUUUGAAAGUGCUCUAUUCUAGUACAGUGGAACCUCGGUAAGUCCCUAAGGGACCGAGGCCGAUCCGGGUUAUCGAAAAUACGGGUUAGCCGGAGAAUAAGAUAAAAAUUAAUAAAAUACGGUAUACUUACAGAUAAACUCCAGUAUAAUUAAUUGCAAAAAUAUGAAAUACAUAUUCACAGUACAUCUAAAUUACGUAGUUGUAUUAAGUAUUUUUUAUUUCUUGGUAAAAAACUCGGUCAAAGUAAAAAAAAUGUUUGUUUUGUCUGAUGAAAAUCGGUCCGGGUUAUCGGAGGCCGACUUAUCGGGGUUCCACUGUACUAUGGAAUUAGGAAAUACCCAAACAUUUCAUAUAAUGUUUAAUCCCUUUGUACCCAUCCAUCCCUCAAUAUGUAUGCAUAAUUGUAAACGCAUAAUUAUACGAACCCUAGUUACGAUAAUUUGAUGAAUUUGAUUUAAGUUCUUAUUGUUAAGUAAAAUAGAUAAUUACAAUAAUUAAUAAUAGUUAAUAUUUUCUUGCAUAGUUAAGAUAGUUUGAUUAGUUUGAUACAAUUUCGUAUGAAUUACAAUUGAUAGUGUGUAAGAUAUUAAUAAAUUAUUUUUUUAACUGUUUUUAUAUUUAAAUAUUUUAACUUCCACUGUGACUACUUUGCAACCCUGUGGCAUUAAUAGCCACUUUACACGAUGCAAGUAAUUGCGAAAUUUAUUGCACAAGUUCUUGCAGCAAGAACUUCUGCAAUAAGUUGCAACUAGCUUUCUGCAAUAAAGUGAUUACACAGUGCAAGUAAUUGCAUAAACUGACAUGAAAUGGACAGAAACUUUGACAUACCAUAAGUUUUGGGUUAUGUUGUUUUUAUAAAUUAAAAAUGUAAUUUUUUUAGUAGAGUUAUCAGAUAUAUUAGAUUGAAAAUGUUAGAUUAUAAUUUGAGAAAAGUAUAAUAUGUAUUAUGUAUAACAAAAUCAAUUAAUACCUAAUGCAAGUAUACCUAUAAUACAUUAUUCAUUUACAAAAGGAAACAAGUUGUUAAAUACAAAAGAAAUAAAAAUAGAAUAUAGAUUCUUUAAUCCCUA